AUGAUAUCCUCUCGAUCAGUUAGCCAUGGCCUGAGGCGGGCACCUCUACGGCCGCGUCUUCGUCUCCAGCCUCACCCGUUCAAGCCUUGCCUCCCCGGACGAAGCCUCGCGACCAUCACUGACGUCGACGUCGAGAAGGCCCGUCAGUACUGUGAGAACCAGUUCAAACAUGGCGACUACGAAGCCUUCCUCCUCCGACAAUUCGUCCCUUCUUCCUCCCGGAACGCCUACAAUGCUCUCCGUACAUUGAACCUCGAACUCGCCCGCCUCCCCGAGACCGUCUCCAACCCGACCAUCGCACGUAUGCGCAUGUCCUUCUGGCGGGAAACCGUGAACAGCGUCUUCGCCGGCAACCCCCCACGCGAGCCCAUUUCCAUCCUCCUCCACCAAGCCAUCCAAGACCUCAAAGCCCGCGCCGGCCCCAGCAGUGCCAGCUCUCUCAAGUUCUGGCUCCUACGCCUGAUCAACACGCGCGAGCAACACAUGGAAAACAGGCCGUUUGUCAGCCUUACUUCGCUGGAGGACUACGCCGAGAACACUUACGCGACGCUGAUGUACAUGACCCUCGCUUCCAUGCCUCUGCGAUCGGUACACAUGGAUCAUCUAGCUAGUCACAUCGGCAAGGCGUGCGGUAUUGUAGCCACACUACGCGGUAUUCCCGUUCUGGCCGCUCCGUCGCAGCCUAUUCAGGGUCCGGCGGGGAGCGUGGGCAAUACCCGGCCUCCUGCCCUGUUACUACCCCUCGAUGUGAUGGCCGAGGUGGGAGUUAGAGAGGAGGACGUCUUCCGCCGCGGACCCAACGCCGAGGGACUACAGGAUGCCGUGUUCAAGGUCGCUACGAGGGCCAAUGACCACUUAAUCACGGCGAGAGAGAUGUUGAAGAACUUGAAGGCUGGGGAAGAGGUGGGACAUGAUUAUGAACAUGAGGGAGAACAGGAGCAUGCCUACUCGAGCGGCGGAACUGACACAACACAAGCCGAUAUCAAGAGGGGGUUUGGGGUGCUGCUGGAAGCAGUGCCGGCUGCCGAUUACUUGGAACGGUUGGAGAAGGUUGACUUUGACCCGUUCAAGGUCAAGGCGAGCUGGAAGCUUCCUUGGAGGUUGUGGCGUGCUCUGAAGACACAGCAAAUUUGA